AUGGCCUCUCCUCACGGCCCGCUCUGCACCCUCCCAUUUCUCACCACUCACCUCCGCAAGCUAAUCCACCCCAACGACACUGUCCUUCUGCACAGCUCCCUCCGGAGCAUAGGUUGGAUCCCGGGCCAAGCGGAGACCGUCGUCGCCGCAAUCCUCGACAUUCUCACACCGCAGGGAACGCUCGUUGUUCCCACCCACACGGGCGACAACUCCGACCCAGCGAAAUGGGAGAACCCGCCCGUCCCGGAGUCCUGGUGGCAGGAUAUCAGGGACACAAUGCCGGCGUAUAAUCCUCGGACUAGUAAGACUCGUGCAAUGGGCGCUGUGGCAGAGAUGGUGAGGACGUGGCCUGGUGCGGUGCGGAGUGAUCAUCCCCAGACGUCGUUUGCUGCGGUUGGCGCUAGGGCGGAGUAUAUUACUUCUGGACAUGCUUAUGAUUGCAUGAUGGGGGAGAAGAGUCCGUUGGCGAGAUUGGAAGAGUGUGGUGCUAAGGUGCUGCUUUUGGGGGUUGGGUUUGAUGUUUGUACUUGCUUUCAUUUAGCUGAGUAUAGGGUGAGUUCAAAGAUGGGAGAUAAUUCGUUUGCGGCAAUAGUUGAUGGUGAGAGGGCUUGGGUGACGGUGAAGGAUGUAAUUGUUGAAGGAGAUGACUUUGGAGACAUGGGGAGGGAGAUGGAACUGGAGAUACCAGUGACCGAGGGCAAAGUUGGUGCGGCAGAUUGCAAAGUAUUUUCUUUGCCAGACGCUGUCAAGUUUGCCGAGAAGUGGAUUGCUAUACACAGGAAUUGA